ACCAAACUCGAUCUUCAUCCCUUCCCUCCCUUCCCUUCCCCUCCCCUCCCCUCCCCUCCUUGGCAUUGCUUCCUCUUUUCGAUGACUUGACAGAAUAGAGAGCGAGAGCGCCAGAGAGCGCGAAAUAGAGACACUUUACAGGAAGAAUGAUCAGUGGAGCUCGAUUGCAGCCAAUUCUUACUUAGAGAGGGGCCGCCAAGAAAGAGAGAGAGGAGGAGGAGGAGGAGGAGGAGGAGCUAAAUGUAGCCGAAAUGAAGAAGGAGCCGAUGGAGGAGGAGGAACAGGAGGGUCCAAGGUGCCGAGUGGUCCGAAUGUCCAACUUUUGCUCGAUGUGUGUUUGAGAGUGUAUGGGUUUGGUUUGGCCUGGCUUGGAUUGGUCGGCUUUGUACAUCGUAGUUGGUUUGGCUCACGCAUGGAUGGCCUCAUGGCCCUCGGGUUCCGUGGACAGUGAAAAGCGUUCAUUCAGUCCUUGAUCUGGUCGCUGGGAAAAGAGACGCGAAAGUGUUCUUUAGUGAUCGUUUUCUUGUCGGCAAGCUACAUACCAUACGACUUUCGACGAGGAAAGAGCGUUGUACUGUUGCGCUUGACGCACUCGGACAGAGAGGAGGGUGAGGGAGCGAUAGCGACACAGACCAGACCAGACCAGACCAGACCAAACCAGACGAGAGCUGUUCGAGAACGUUUCAUCCGGGUCGUGGUGGUCGUUCUUCUUCGGCCUGGCUUGAGUUGGCCUGGCCUGGCCUGGAAAAAGGCGUCCAUUGUUUGGCUGCCUUCCGUGCUCGAUCGAUGACGAUCGCUACCGUGGAGGGGUUACCCAUGUUGAAAACGGUAGAUAGAUGAACGACCUUCUUGCGAGAGAAUUUGGUUUCGAUCUCUUCUAUUUAUUUGUAGAUCUAAUUUCCGAGGAGAGGAGAGGAAUCCUGCACAUUGAGAGGACAAUUUACGGGUUUAUCGUGUCUUUUCAAGGCUGUCGUCGAAGUUCUCUCUUUCUCUUCAGUUGUUUGUCUGGGGACCUAUCGUCUUCCUGGAUUAUCUGUCAUGGACUUUGAUGGGAAACAGCCGAAGUCGGUGGAAAUGGUGUCUAUGGAUGCGAUGAAUGCGAUGGAUGCGGAUGUUUGGGAACAUCUCCCAGAGCAGCUGCUGAGGUCUAUACUGUCCCGUCUGCCGUGGUGGAGUAAUUUGAAGAUGCGUUCAGUGUGCCAGUCUUGGAAUCUGAUACUGCGCAACACGGAAUUCUUGAAAACUUGUUUCCCAGUGCCAUCCGAACGACCACCGUGCUGGAUGUCGAAGACUAGCGACGAAAACUGCUACGGAAUUCGGAACUGGACGAAGACCAAAGGUCGACCUAUUCACAAGACAUCGCUUUUGCCUGGUUUUCCUAGGGCAUUACAGUACUCUGUCAAAGCUGCCGCAGGGGGGCUUCUGCUCAUGGAGAAUCAUGACGAUGGCAAGCUUGGUAGAGUUGUAGUGAAUCCCCUCAAUGGAACUCAUAGGCAGGUUCCUCCUCUGCCCAAGCUAGAAGAUGCAGAAGUGGGGCAAACGAUGGGGAUGGUUAUGGAUCAAACGACACAGAGUCACAAGAUCAUUGCGGUGCAUAGGGAACGAAUUGAUUCUCGGGGAAUUGUCGGGGUACCUACUUUCUUACAGGAGGAAAUUUACGUGUACGACCUAAAAGAUAACCAAUGGCGUUUGGUCUCCAGCUUGAUGGUAACCUAUGAAGACCACCUGAGCCGUUUGUAUCUUAAUGCUGUGAUCAUAAAGAACGAUUUAUACAUCUUAACACUGAUGCAGACAGAGGAGUUUUGGAUUUACCGUGUUUUCAAAGUCUCGUCCAAAGGCUGGGACGAAGUGCCAGCGGUUUUUGCAUAUCAACUCAAGAACGUGGAUCUCUUUGAGCACAACGGGUACCUUAUGCUGGUGGGAUCGGCUUUCAAAAACCUCCGAGUCCAGAUAUGGAGGCACGAUUGGGUAACAAAAGAGUGGGAGGAAAUGUUGACGAUGCCCCACGAGAUGCUCGGCAGAGGCAGCAUCAAGUCGCCUGAGGGAGCCAUGUUCACGUUCUACUCUCAAGGAGAUCAUGUGUGCUUCAUUGUAGAGCCGUCUCGAUCACUUCGGAUCACUUGUGAUAUCGUGAAAAGGGAGUGGUGGUCAGGAACUUCCCCAACCUUUCGAUUUAUGAAUGGUGAAGAAGUUGGUUGGUUAUUUCAACCUCGGUUAGACAUUGUUCUGUAACCCUCUUCAUAGCUUAGAUUUUCCAUCCUCUGUCACAUUUCCAACAUCUUCGCACCAUUUUAGAAGUAUCUCCAAUAUUACACGCUGAAGGUAUAUUUUCAUUUUUUCACUGAAUCGGCUUCAACCUCUCCUGUUGCAUGAGAUUCAUGCACAACCUUUGGCAACGUGAACCCGAAGGCUAGCUGAUUCUUUCAGCUGGCCAGUUCCAUGUUGUGUUGUAAGUUUUAUAAACGUUGACUUCAUUCAUCAACAACUAUGGAUCUGAAAGUUUGCCGCUUUCUAUCAUGCCUGAGACAUCAUUAGU